AUGCUGAGGCCUCCUGUCAAGGAUGAAUUUCUACCGCCAGAAGAGCCGGCCCCGGCCCCCGCGGCAGUUGAGCAACUCCUGCCCGCCAGUCCUUCCUUGCCUCCGCCAGCGGCCCCGGGCAACCCGGAGCCAGCAGGCCAGAAACCGGAGGCGGACCCAGCGGUGCCGGAGCCAGAACCCUCGGAGCCUCCAAAGGAGAUCGAAGAGCCAAGAUCUGCCUGGGAGGAGAUACAAAUUCGAGUGGAACCUCCCGAGCUGGAGCUGCCUCGACAGCUUCCCCAGGGCCCCAAGCCCAUGUGGCAGGAGAUGAUGGAGUCGCAAGAUCCCCCAAUGCCGCCGCCCCUGCAACCGCCCGCACAGCAUCCGGCGGAACAAGUGCAACUGCCGCCCGUCCGGCCAGCGACAGGGGGUGGAGCUGCGCCGGUGGAGCAGGGGGUCAUCUCUGACACUGGACAAAUGGACCUGCUACGUCUGUUGCAGGGCACUCAAGAGGAG